UUUUUCUUAUUAAGGAAAAAAAGAAAAACAGAAAUCAUCAUGAAGACAUGAUGUAAACUGAAGGUUCAGGGUGAAACACAGCUGCCACCUACUGGUUUUUCAUGAGCAUUGCAGAUUGGAGCCGAGCUGCUGCUCUCGCGAUAUCUGCGCACUUGGACCGGACCACAACAGGAAGUGAGACAUGGCGUCGGUGUUCGGCGGAGUAGAGGGUGGGGGGACCCACUCCAAGGCCAUGUUGGUGGCAGCUGAUGGAAAGAUCCUGGCAGAGACAGAGGGACCGUGCUCCAACCACUGGUUGGUCGGGGUGGACAAAUGCAUCGAAGUCAUCAACGACAUGGUCCAGAGAGCCAAGACGGAGGCAGGGCUGGAUCCGAACACGCCGUUAUGCUCAUUGGGCAUGUCUCUGAGUGGAGGGGAGAAGAAGGACGCCAUCGACAAACUGAUCGCUCAGAUGAAGGAACGGUUCCCCGCUCUCAGCCAGCACUACUUCAUCACCACUGAUGCCAUCGGCGCAAUCGCGACAGCCAGCGAUCGAGGCGGUGUAGUGUUGAUAUCAGGGACCGGCUCUAACUGCAAAUUACUCAAUCCCGAUGGCUCACAGAUCGGCUGCGGAGGCUGGGGUCACAUGAUGGGCGACGAGGGAGGAGCAUUCUGGAUCUCCCAUUUGGCGGUGAAGACGGUGUUCGAUGCCAGAGACAACCUGGUGGCUCCUCCUCACGACAUUGCGCUUGUCAGAAAAGCCAUGGAGGAAUACUUCCAGGUGUCAGAUCUGAUGGGCAUGCUGCCGCACCUAUACAGGAACUUCCAGAAGUCCCACUUUGCUGGAUUCUGCAAGAAGCUGGCUGAAGUUGCAGAGACGGGGGACGCUCUCUGCAAGCAUGUGUUCACUCAGGCUGGGAGAGUCCUGGCUAAACACGUAGAAGCAGUCUUACCCACAGCACAAGAGCCUCUAUUGAGUGGUGACCUCGGCCUGCCCAUCCUGUGUGAGGGCUCAGUGUGGAGGAGCUGGGAGCUUCUGAAGUCAGGGUUCACUGAGGUCCUGGAUGAAGUGGCAUCAUCUGACAAGUUGAAGGGCCGUUUCCGUGGCUACAGCCUCAUGACUUUGCAGCAGUCUUCAGCCCUCGGCGGAGCUAGUCUGGGGGCUAAGAGUAUGGGUGCCAGCAUCGCGAUGGAUUACACGGCCAACGUCAAAAUCUUCUACCAGCACACUUUUAACAGCAGCCAAUGAGAGUGCAGCUGCCUUAGAUCUUAACCAAUCAGCUGAAGGGACCAUGUAUUUGCCUGAAUGUGAUUAUUAGCAUUUUCCGCUAACAGUAUCAUGUGAUUAUGUAAUAAUGAUUUGAUGCAACUACAAGAUACCAACCCUGUGCUUUAACAUAUGCCAAUUUGUGUUUUUACAGCUGCAUGGAGGCUAUUCUAAAUUGGUAUCUCUUCAGUUGUAAUGUCAUUGCAGAUCUUUGCACCUUUACAACACUUGUUUACAUUUCACAUUUGUAAUAAAAACAAUGAUACUUGA